GUUUAAAUGAGUGAAGCCAACCGCGAUAGGUCAAGAGGACAGUCGCAUCUGGAUUCCGUCAGAAAUGGCGUGUGCUAUGGAUGACUUUUGGAGUUUAGACUUCUGGAAUAAUCCUGUUCCAAUCUUUUCUAAUUGCUUCAAAACUGCAGUAUCUGCCAUGAUACCAUCUGUGAUAUUUUUCUUAUUGGCAGUGUAUGAUAUUUUUUCACAUACGGAAAGAAGGAAUAAACUGAAUCCACGCACCUUCUUACUUCUAGCAAGAAUCGUCAUAUCUGUUAUUUUAAUCUUUCUGUCAGUGGGCAGCUUUUUACCAUCUCUAUUCCAAGGUAGCAUGGAAAUUUCCUUUCAUGACCCUAGAUUUGUUGGUCACUUUUUAAAAAUGUUCACAAACAUAGCAGCUCUAUGCCUACUUAUAAGGCACAUCAACUUUGGACAAACGUAUUCAAACUCAUUAUCAGUAUAUUGGAUUCUCCAGUCUAUUGCAGUAUUACCUUUUCAUGCUGCCUUAGCUGUUGAAGAGUAUUAUCAGGUGUCCUGGCGAACACCAAUGCUAGAAUUCGUGUUAGAAAUGGUAUAUUAUCCAUUAAUUUACAUGCAGUUCGUUUUAUCUAUAUUUACCUCAAAGCAUCCAUAUACUCCUCAACGGAGGAGCCCAAUGGAAGAAGAAACUAUGAUUUUAUUCCUCACGUUUCACUGGCUUUAUAAGCUAAUUUGGCGCUGUAAACGAAAAGCUUUGUUGGUUUCCAACUUAUUUCCUCUCCCUUUAAGUUUAGGAGUUACUUACAUAAGAACGAAAGUGGGAAAACAUUUGAGGGGGAAAAGAAGUGGCAGGUCUGCAUAUGAGAUGGUUAAUGGAACUGUUAAAAGGACGCCAGAAUUCAAGAAUUUUUCAGCAUCUUUGUUAAAAGCAUUUAGCUGGAGGCUAAGCUGCUGUUUAUGUUUAGAAACAAUUGAUAGUAUACUUCAGUUUGUACCAUCAUUUAUUUUAGGAUGGAUUAUAGACCAUUUAAGUAGACCAUCUCGCACUUGGAACGGUUAUUUGCUAUGUAGUCUUCUUGUAUUUGCUGUUUUCACCUGCAGAUGCGUAGGGAAUUUACUCAUGUUGCAAUCCAACCUUUACGUUUUACAAAUAAAAGCAGCGUUAAUGGAUGCAGUGUAUGUAAAGGCUUUGAAGAUGUCUUGUUCUGCCCGAAGACAGUAUAGUUCAGGAGAAUUAGCAAAUCUUCUUUCAGCUGAUGUGGAGAGAGUUGAGAAACUUGCGACUGAAGUUAUUAUUAUACUUGGAGCUCCCCUAAAAAUAUGUCUAGCAAUAGGACUUAUGUGGUAUUUUUUAGGCUCAGCAUGGAUUGCAGCAUUAGUCAUUAUUAUUAUUGUUAUUAUAGCGAGUUUAGUAAUAGGAAAAAGAAUUUCAAAACUUCAGGUGGAACAGAUGACGAUCAAAGACGACAGAUUGAAAAUCAUAACAGAAAUAAUUAAUUGCGUCAAGGUCAUAAAAUUGUAUGCUUGGGAAAAUCCUUUUGUGGAGUUAGUAAAUGAAAUUCGCAAGAAAGAAGUACUAUUUAUUAGGAAGCAACUGCUGUACUACGCUGGUUCUUCUUUCAUCUGGGGAUGGGCUCCAUUUUUGAUUGUGUGUUCCUGUUUACUUGUUUUCAUUACCGGGCAGCCGAACGGGUUAAGUAUUAGUCUCGUUUUCGUUACAAUCGAUGUGGUGAAUCAUCUUAGAUACCCUCUGUUUAGUGUUUCAGAGAUUACGUCUGUUGUUGCUCAGGCCUAUGCGUCACUGAAACGUUUAAACAGAUUUUUUGCUUCCGAAGAAUAUGAUACUGAUGCUAUUGGUUCUUUACCCGAUGAUGGACAUGCUAUUACCAUUAAGAAUGCACGCUUGACAUGGGAUAAACCUACAGAGGUCUUGUUGCAGAACAUACAUAUGAAUAUCCCCAAAGGCUCACUCGUCGCUAUAAUAGGCACUGUGGGGUCUGGUAAAUCUUCGUUAUUAUCAAGCAUUUUGGGAGACAUGAAAAUUUUAUCCGGAAGUAUAGAUUAUGAG